AUGAGGAAGAACGUAUUAAAUACGCUUCUCGCGCAAGAGACCGUGUUCGGUUGGUAUUUUAACGAAGUCACGUUGGACAAGCAGCUAGCUGCAUUUUGGGAGCUGGAGGAUGUCCCAAAGAAAAAAGGCAUCAACGAAGAUGAUAAAUACUGCGAAGAGCUCUUUAAAGCAACUACAACACGAAAUACCGAUGGAAAAUACAUUGUGUCUCUACCUUUUAAACGGGAUUUUCCGAAAAAUGUGUGCUUACGACCUUCGCUGAAAAGUGUAUGCUCUCAGUUCUACCGGAACGAGACGCGACUAGCGAAAAAGCCUGUCCUUCAAACAGAGUACAACCGGGUUGUAUCUGAAUACGAGACACUAGCACAUAUGUCAAAAAUUAACAAAAACAUUUCACCAGAUUCAACGGACUGCUAUUUUUUACCGCACCACGCCGUUUUAAAGGAAGAAAGUACCACUACAAAGGUCAGGGUUGUAUUCAACGCAUCAUGCCCAACCGCUAAUGGCAUGAGUUUGAAUGAUGUCCUCCUUCCAGGUCCUGUACUUCAGGCCGAUUUAACGAUCCUCAUACUCCGUUGGAGACUGUUCCAAUACGUCUUCAACAGCGAUAUAGAGAAAAUGUAUCGGCAAAUAUUCGUAAAUGAGAAUCAAACGAAAUAUCAGCGCAUAGUUUUUCGCACCUGCCCAAGAGAACCAAUUAGCUUAUACGAAUUAAAAACGGUGACUUUUGGCAUCAACUGUGCUCCUUAUCUCGCGAUAAGGACAUUGCAUGAACUAGCUGAUGAGGUCGAGAGCUCGUUUCCAAUCGUAUCCGAAAUUUUGCGAAAGUGUAUGUACGUGGACGACGUACUUGCUGGAGGACACAGCAUCGAAGCAGCGAUUAAAGCUCGAGAAGGAAUACUACAGGUACUGGAUUCAGCAGGGUUCUCGUUAAGAAAGUGGACUUCGAACUCCAGUAAAAUACUUGAAGGUAUACCGAAAUCUCAUUUACUCACCGACGAUUUUCUAGAGUUUGAAGAGUCUAGUACGGUAAAAGCACUUGGCAUCAGAUGGAAUGCCAAAUCUGACUACUUCUAUUUCACAGCAAAACCAAUAGAAAAUCUUGACGUCAUCACUAAAAGAGCGAUACUUUCAGCUAUCGCCAAACUGUUUGACCCGCUUGGUUGCCUCGCUCCAGUGGUAAUUGUCGCCAAGAUCAUUAUGCAAAAUAUUUGGUUGGAGGGAACUGGUUGGGACGAUAUCGUGUCUCCGACCACAUUAGACCGUUGGCAGGCAUUUAUGCACGACUACAUGGACAUUAAUACCAUUCGCAUACCAAGAUGGGUUCACUUUACGCAAACAGAUGACGCCGAAAUACAUGGAUUCAGCGACGCUUCGGAGAAAGCAUACGCGGCGACUGUUUUCUUGAGAAUUAAGACUGCGGAAAAAGUUGUGGUCAGCCUUCUAAUGGCAAAAACAAAGGUAGCGCCCGUCAAAACAGUAUCGUUACCCCGUUUAGAACUUUGCGGCGCAGUUUUGCUUUCGGAAACCGUAGAAGCGGUCGUCGAAAAUCUGAGUCUUGGACAUUUGAAAAUAAAUCUCUGGACAGAUUCGACAAUAGUCCUCGCAUGGAUCCGGAAACCACCGUGUUCGUGGUCAACUUUCGUUGCUCACCGAAUAACAAAAAUUGUAGACAAGGUGGGAACCGAAAACUGGCGUCAUGUGGAUUCGGCAUCAAACCCAGCAGAUCUGGCGAGUAGAGGACUUUCGGCGAGUGAUCUAGUCAACAACUCCUUGUGGUGGCAGGGUCCUUCUUGGUUACAAGAAGACUAUUCGAGAUGGCCAGCACAAGAAUCGGACUUUGACACAACCAUUGAAGAAAAAAGGGUGCAUGUUCAUGCAACAACAAAAGUAAAAGACUUUCACGACAUUCUCGAUCGAUUUUCUGAUUUAUCACGGGCUUUGAGAGUUAUAUCGUAUAUUAUGAGAUUCUAUCAAAGAAUCAAUCCCAAAACGAAAUAUUCCUUUAAAGCGGAGUCUCGUUCAAUUUCGGCCAACGAAAUUAAAACAACGACCCAACGCUUAAUAACGAUUUGUCAAAAACAAUAUUACAGCGAAGAAUAUACAAGGUUAAAAUCUGGAAAAUCCAUCGACGGAAAAAGUGAAAUCCUGCCUCUUAACCCGUUUAUCGACAAAGAUGAGAUUCUGAGGGCUGAUGGUCGUCUGAGCGCAUCUAGCGAUCUGUCCUACAAUGAACGUCAUCCUAUCAUUCUUCCGUAUGGUU